UUAAAAAUCUCAAUUUCAAUAUGAUCAAGCUCAACAACUUGAAGCCGGAUGCUCCAAAUGGGACUGUCGUUGAAGCUACAGGGCAUCAGGACGUUGACCAAGACAUGUCCGACAGCUUCGCAUCCAACCUUCCGAUGCCCGAACAUCCUCCAGACGCAGCGCCUUCGCGGCCCUCAAACUCCAACGCCUCUAGAUCGAGUUUGGCCGUGAAAGCAGAGCCAGUCGAUACGACAAUCCAAGUGGUUAUCAAGUCGGAAAAUGAACCCGAUCUGAUUGAACGAGUUACGUUCGUCAAGAGUGAAGAUGGCAAAUUUGAUAUCUGGAAUCUUGAGCACCUUGGUCUUGGACCUCCGGUUGUCGUCGAAGAGCGGUUCCGCGUCGGAUUUCUGCGCCCCGUGAUCAGCGACGCUCUUGGUAGCGGUCACCAAACCACGUCGAACAACUGGCAAGGUCCUACAAAAUCGGAUAAACACCCUUACUUGGCCAUGAAGCGUUCCUACAAUCCACACCUCCCACUCGUUCCGGGCGGUCAUGGCGUCGUGUUUUGUGAGGUGAAGUAUUUCAAUGACCGUUCGCUCAUUACAGAGCCAAUCGACCUCAUCGCUUCUGACAAGCCAAAUCAAUGGGUAUACCUUGGUUCGUAUGAGACCUCCCGGUGGGGCGAAAUUUCGCCCCACCAGCUAGACCUACUCCAGCCUCUGGUCAUUCGACGUUGGGUGUCGGGAGCCCUGAAGACCAAGUGGGGAAAGAGUUGGGUCGAAAGAACGAAUGCAGAACUUGUAGACAAGGGGGGUGAAAUUCGCCUCGUUGAGCAUACAGAAGACGGUCUUCGGGAGGCACUCAACGAUGGUAGGCUCGUGAUCAACUUCACCGUCAUGAAAUGUGUCGGGUAUCGUACGGAAUGGUUCGAGCAGUUCUUGCACUACCAGGCACAUCCGAAAGCGCCGAAAUCGCAGAAAAGGAAGAAGAAAGCGAGCUUAGGAGCUAAGAAGCCCUCUGCUAAAAGGGUGAAGGGAAGCGCGCGCCGGAAGGAGGUGUCAUCUGAAAGUGACGGUGAUGACGAAUUGCAAUCUACCCCGCCUGGUAGUGACGAAGAUGAGUUGUCUGACGUGGAAGACGGGAUGAGCAGGCCGGCUGUACGAAAGAACCUUCGUAUCCAAGCUACUCGAGGCCUGGGUCGACGAACACUGUACUCUCGAGCCUCGGCAAGCUCUUCGGAUUGAUACCUUCACUACAUAGUCGAACACUCACCAUGCUGUGUCUUUAGAGAUCUACAGUACUUGCGAAAUAGUUUUCAUGAUGUCUAUAA